UGUGAUAGUGAGGAUGUUCAUUUUCACUCCACAGCCACAAAAAGUCCCCAAAUGCUGCAGAGAGUUUGGUAAUGCUGUGAGGUUGGUUUUCCAUGACUCUGAGCGUCUUUUUUGUGUGAUUGUGUGUGUUUGGUCCAGGUGGGAUCAUGAGGCGUCGCAGUCACCAGGCUGGACGAACUGCGAGGAGGAGGAGGCAGAAACAAGACAGCGCCGUCCAGUCGAUUUCUCUGUGUCACCAGCUGCAGUAUGUGAGACUGAUGAAGUUUCUUCACCAACGGGGAUUCACCUCAACGCUGCUGCAGCCAGCCCUCUUUCCUGACACCGGUAGAGGACUGCAAGCUCUCAAGACCAUCAAACCUGGCCAGCUGCUCAUUUCUCUACCAGAGUCCUGUCUCCUCACAACCGCAACUGUUCUGGACAGCCACAUGGGACAGUAUAUCAAGAGCUGGAAGCCCCGCCUCUCUCCCCUGCUGGCGCUGUGUGUCUUCCUCGUGUGUGAACGGCACCGAGGCGAGGCCUCUGAUUGGUUCCCGUACAUUGACGUGCUGCCCACCUCUUACACCUGCCCCGCAUAUUUUAGCGAUGAGGUCAUGGCCGCUCUGCCCGGCAGUGUGCGGAGACAGGCUUCAGAGCAGAGGGAGGUGGUGCGAGAAUUGCACUCUGUUAAUCGAGACUUUUUCAGAUCCCUGCAGCCAAUCCUGAAUCAGCCCGUGGAGGAGGUGUUGACAUAUGAAGCACUGAG